CAGAUUUCAUUCAUGUAAAAUCCGGAAAACAUCUGUAAAUCUAGCUGUAAAUGCAAAACAUUCCUUCAAUUUUGCACAAUUUUUGUUAAAAUCUGCCUUUUGGAUCACACUAUGAGCACAUUCUCCGGUUUAUUCGAGGAGCUACCGGCUAUCUCAGCCGAUCGAUUCUUGGCGCUGAACCGGUCAGAAUCGGUGGUGUUUUUUCUAUCCCACUGCCACCGGGAUCAUAUGGCGGGACUAGAACUGCCCGAACCUCUUCCGGGUCCACUAUACACCAGUCCGAUUUCAGCUGUUUUUCUAAAACAUCGUUUUCCUCACCUGUCCAGUGGAAUCCGUACGCUCGAAAUUGGAGUUGCUACCUCAAUCACAUUGAACACCGAUAGCGAAAGCCGAGAAAUCCAGGUAACGGCCAUUCCAGCCGGCCACUGUCCCGGCUCCGUCAUGCUGCUCUUCGAAAACCAAGCUCAUCAGCAAAUUCUCUACACCGGCGAUUUCCGUCUUUCCCCUAAAGACCUUCGAAACAUCGUACCGCUCCGAACCGUCCACCUGGAUGCUGUUUACCUUGAUACAACAUUUUUCAACCGAAGCUUCUCAUACUUCCCGUCGCAGUCGGAAAGUCUAGCGAAAAUUUCCUCCCUUGCCACUGAGUGGCUUGCUCGGGACGAGCGGAAUGUCGUCGCGUUCAAGCUUCCCGCUUUGUAUGGGUCAGAGUUUCUCUUCGUGGAAUUGUACCGCCGGUUGAAGCAGAAGAUUCACGUUCGACCGGAGGAACUGCAACAGUACAGGUAUCUAGUCAGCCUUGACGACUGUGUAACCGCAAAUGGAAAAGCUGCACGAAUUCACGCCUGCCAAGGAACAAAUCCGAUCCGUACCGGAGGGUGGACGUGUUCAUCAGCUAAAGAAGAGCAUGACGAUAGUAGGCACGUUCGCGUUAUUCGGCCAUCAGCUCUUCGAUGGCGUAACUUGACGGAGGGUAAACCUUUCUGCCGUAGGUUAUCGGAAAGCAGUGAAGAUUACGGUGUCUGCUAUUCCAAUCAUGCUAGUUACUCCGAGUUGGAGGAUUUUCUACGUUAUCUUCGACCGAAAAGGGUGCACUUCAACGUACUACCGAAGGAGGACCUGAAAGCAGAGCGAAGAAUGAACCGUCUAGUGGAGGCGAUUUUGCCAAAAGACGAAACAGUGGACAUGACUCUGGAACUAGCACCGAUGAGCUUUAGCGGUAUCGUUUACCGAAAGUCGGUUGGGAAAUCUAAACCGUUACUUUCCGACGAUGACGGCAGUGGGAGUGGUCAGGAGGAUGAGGAACGACUAACGAUGCUUCCCCUGCCGAAGCGGAUGCGAAGCUGACGUAUGUUUUUAGAUGCGGUUUAUUUUUUGAGUUUGUCAAAGUAGAAAAAAUAUGUUUUGUGGAUGAA